AUGGAGAUCUUUGAAGUAUUCCAGCCCCUGCCGGAACUCCUCGUCCAGCUGCCUCACCGGUUCUACCAACUGUCAUGGCCAGAACUGUCCAUUCUAAGCCUACUUAGGCCAUUGAUUGCUUGCAUCGCAAUCUAUCUCGCUAUUUUCCUAAAGUCAUCGUCGACUGCCAGCUUCCCUGGACCUCGGCCGUGGCCCAUCGUGGGCAACCUGCCAUCGCUCUACCGCUGCCACGCUGAAAGGCAGUUCUUUCUGUGGUCCAAGCAACUCGGCGAUGUGAUUCAAGUCAGGUUCGGAAACAUGACGGUCAUUGUUGUCAACUCUGCAGCUUCGGCCAAGGAAAUCUUUACGGGCAGCGCAGCCGCUCUCUCAUCGCGCCCAAUCUUCCACACUUUUCACCAAUUCAUUGCUGGAACUCUGGGACCGACCAUCGGCACCGCAGUCUACGGCGAUGCUCUGAAGCGCGGGCGAAAGGCCACAGCAGCUGAGCUCAGCAAACCUGCUGUAAAGGCUAAUCUUGAUAAAAUCGAUCUCGAAACGAGGCAUUUUAUACACGAGCUCUUAAGCUACGGUAGCGAGGGUCUGGCUCCGCUCCACGUCUCAAAGCUCGUCAAGAGACUGGCCUUGAGUCUGUCCAUGUCCAUCUGCUACGGUCGGCGCAUGUAUCUUGGCGAUCCCUUGACGCAAGAAAUCAUUGAAGUGGAGCAUGAGAUCCUGAAACUGCGAAGCAUGACCGACAACCUGCAGGACUUUGUUCCCAUGCUGCGUGUAUGGCCGUUUAACCGCUAUCGUGGGUCGGCCGUCAAGCUCUGCGAGCGCCGCGACGCCUACGUCCGACAGCUCAAUGAGGAGGUCGAGGCGAAGAUGCUCAACAACACUCACGAGCAAUGUUUGUGGGCGAAGAAUGAACAGGCCGCGCACCCUCUCCCUCUUACCGAACUCUCGACUGUCCUUCUCACGUUUCUUUCGGGCGGCUUGGCGACCGAAAGCAAUACCAUCUACUGGGGCCUGAUUCUUCUGGCCACAAGACCAGAUAUUCAGCAAACUGCGUUGGACCAUAUCCAAAAGGCGUACCCGGACGUUGACCAGGCAUUUGAGGGAACGGUGCGGGACACCGAGGACAUACCCUAUAUCAGCGCUCUGGUGCGCGAAAUCCUACGAUUCUACACCCCGUCACGACUCGCGUUGCCACGAUUGGCGGUGCAGUCAAUCGCCUACAAAGACAAAAUAAUCCCCGAAGGAAGCACUGUGGUGCUCAACACAUUCGCAUGCAACAGAGACCCUACGCUGUACCGCGAUCCCGACGUCUUUCGCCCCGAGCGCUGGUUCGAAGACCCUGAUCAGCCCAUCUUCAGCUACGGUCUGGGCUACCGCAUGUGUGCGGGGUACACGCUGGCCAACCAUGUCAUGUACACACUCUUCACUCGCCUCAUUGCGUCGUUUGAGAUUUGUGCCGGGCCGGGUAUUGAUGCAGACCCCAUCUCGGGAUGUGAGGACCCUGCGCACCAAGCCAUGGCGCCGCGGCCUACAGGUCUGUACUUUAAGCCACGGGAUGCAACGUUGCUCAAAAGUGCUCUUGCGCGCGAUAUUUAUCAUCAGAUCUAG